AUAAGUUGUUUGGUGGCCAUCGAUGGUGAUAAUGAUGUCAAUGAUUUUGGUGAAGACAACCGAUUGUUGCCAACCAUUCAAUUGGUUUUAUUAGUUCAUCCGUUUAAUAAAGCAAAUUAUUUGCCGCACACUUUGGGAUCAAUUGAACAACAAUUAUAUCCGAAACAUCGGAUCAAACUAUGGAUUUCAACGGAACAGUUGCUGGAGUUGUCGUCGACCGAUAAAAUUACUGAAGACAUGAUUGAUAUGAAUCAGUUGACAAUCGAUAUGCUGAAGAAGUGGAUUCAUCACAACCGACGACAUUAUAGUGACAUCGAGUUAGUAUUGGGACGACGUUAUCAACCCAUUGAUGAAGAAGUGUUACCCGAAGUCGAUGGCUAUAGAUAUUGGACUACUAGUCGUUUUAAACUAUUAGUCCAAUUGAAGACAUUGGCAAUGAAGACGGCCCGACAAAAUUGGUCACAAUAUGUCCUAUUCAUUGAUUCGGAUGUUAUCCUAACGAAUCCAAAUGUAUUCAUGACUUUAUUGACCACUAAUACGGAUGAUAUGAUAGCCGUGGCACCGAUGCUCUACUCGUUAGGCACUUAUAGCAACUUUUGGGCCGGAAUUACCGAUAAGGGUUACUAUAAACGAACCGAUGACUACAUACCGAUACUUGAAAGACAACGUAUCGGACAGUUUGUCGUACCGAUGAUUCAUUCGUGUCUUUUCAUUAGUUUAGUACACAAGAAGUCAAUGAAUUUGACAUUUGAUUCCCGAAAUAUUAUCAAUGAGUCGUCGGUUAUACCAUUUGACGAUAUCAUAGCAUUUGGCAAAUCGGCUCAACUAAACCAUAUAGAUCUCUAUGUCGACAAUCAACAAGUCUGGGGUUAUAUACCACCGCCACUUGAUUUAGUCAACCAAUCGUUUGACUCAUUAAAACAAGAUCUGAUUGAUUUAGAAUUAGAAUCACUAAUCGAAGGAUCAGAGUUUCCCAUUUCUUCAGCACUCAUAUCGUAUGUCACUAAUGAAGAAAAUAGUGAUACAUUAAAUGUGGAUCAGAUAUAUGUGAUUAAUUUAGUCAGAAGAACUGAGCGACGAAAACGAAUGAUAAAAUGUUUAAAAAUUUUAGGCAUCAAAGCUAGCAUUUGGGAGGCCAUCGAUGGCAAACAAUUGACUGAUGAGAUUAUUCAGGCUAAAGGUAUUCAUCUAAUGGAUGGUUAUUUAGAUCCGUAUCACAAAAGGCCGAUGACUUUCGGCGAAAUCGCGUGUUUUCUAUCGCAUUAUACCAUUUGGGAGGAUAUGAUUGGCAAGAAUUUGUCGACAGUUAUUGUUCUCGAAGAUGACGUCCGAUUUGAACGAAAUUUCAAGAAUCGUUUGAAACAACUGUUAUCACAAUUUGAUUCAAUUAGUUACGACUUUUUAUAUUUGGGUCGAAAAAUACAACAUAAAACUAAUGAAACAGUUAUUCAAAACGGUUUGUUUGUUGAGCCCACCUAUUCUUACUGGACUAUCGGCUAUUUGAUUACCAGAUCGGGUGCACAAAAACUAUUGGACACCAAACCAUUGGAACAAUUGAUUCCCGUCGACGAGUUUUUGCCAAUAAUGUAUGACAAACACACUGACCAGUCAUUGAAACUACAGUUUCCGAUACGUAAUCUCAAGGCAUUGAGUGUCAAUCCAUUGCUUAUACAUCCAACACAUUAUGUCGGAGACGAUCAAUACAUUAGCGAUACUGAAGAUUCAAAUCAUAUUAACAGUGGAUUAAAUACAAACCAAUUUAUUAAUGGUUUUCAUCCAAAACAUACAGAAUUAUAGUUUAAUUGUGUAUUUCAAUCAUCAAAACCAGUCAUAAAUUUCUAAUCAUUUAGCUAUUUAUAAGUCAACUUUUUUUUAAAGAAAAAUUUAUUUAAUUAA